AUGAGCUCACGAAAUUACCCAUCAGCCUCCGCUGAAAACUGGGACGAUGAUUUUGAAUUCUCCCAGACCAGCAGAAGACAAGCUACGCAGAUUGCGCGUGCCCUUAGCGAACCCCGUUUGUCGGUCACCAGUUCCCACUUUUCAGAGGAUUGGGAUGUGGAAUGCCCGUCAGUUGCAAAACCAAGCGUUAUGACUCUACUAGGAGAUGGGAAACACCCGCCUGAAGCAGGUCUACACAACCAACUCCAGAAUUGGGCGGAGACGGGUCCCUCAACACCAACCAAGCGCUUCGUAACACGGGCUGAGAAUUGGGACGACGAUUUCGAGGACAAGAUGGACUCACCAACUCAACGCCAAUCCACCUCUCAGAAAACGCGCCAUUCAUACCACACUCCCUCUCGCCCUAAAGCACCGGCUGACCAUGAAAACUGGGAUGAAGAGUUCGAAUAUGCCGAGAAAAAUAACACACCAAUAUCCAAACGGUCUCGGCAAGAUGCUUAUGUUGAUUCUUCUGACGAUGAAGGGGAGUUCGGCUUUGGGGACAAAGAAGAAGACAGGACUGUUACUACCAGAAGUCGCUCUUUUGUGCGCCGCCAGUCGCCACCACCGCCCCCUGUUCCCGCCCUCCCACAGGGGCUGCACAACACGGUAGAGCCAUUUCCCCGAUCUCCCAGUAUUUCUGUCUUCUCGAUACCUACGACGAGCGGUCGGAAUUCCGUCGGAUAUAUGUCCACCUCCCACCUAGCACUUAAACCCACCGUAUCUGGUCCGUCGUUAGCGAUGCUCCCUCCAAGUCCUCCUAUACACCGUGAACGGCGAAGACUCAGGAAGAAGUCUCGGCCUCCUAAUUUAGACAACAAUGUCUUCGAACUGAUGGAAGAGCAGCGAGAUUCCACACCACCCUUACCGCCCUCAACCCCGGAACGUUCCUCUCCACCUCCUCCACCAGCCGCGGAAGCGACUCCCAGCAGCAAUAAAACACCUCUCCUUUCUCGCAUCGGGUCUGUGAAAAAAUGGGGUGUUAGAAGGAAACGAGCCAGCACAGGUCCUGCGGAGGUUAUGGUUCACGACCUUGGUGGUAAUUACGAACAAGAAGGCACUCCUCGCCCACCCAGCACGUCUAUUCCACCUGCCGCGGUGGCUUCCACUAGCAGCAGUACUAAUGCCAGGUCGGGUUGGUUUUUUCGUCCUGGCGGCGCCCUCGGGUCAGGGUCGCCGCCGUCGCCGGCCCCAGCCGCACUCAAGUACGAGAAGAGCUCGGAAAAUCUCCUCACAGUGUCCAGCUCAGGGUCCGGAAUGGACACGUCCGUACCAUCCACGCCGAGCAGCAAAUUAUCGCGGAAGAAACUGGGCCGGACUUUUGACCCGAAUAGUAGCAGCGAGAUGGCCGAGUCAUCUUCAGCGAAACCAUCACUAUCGGUGAACGCAAGGAGGCCCACGUCUAUGCAAGUUCCGAAUGGCAAGUUCCCAGCCUCGUCUGGGACAGGGACCAGACACGCAUCAUAUGGGUCUUCAACUGGACGAGCAUCAGCGAGGGUGUUUUCAACGCCAACACCAACGGAAAGUUCGGAGGAACUCAACGUUCAGCCUCAGGAAGGUAGUCGAAAUUUCAUGGGAAAUGUGCGGAAGAUCAGCUUAGUCGGCCCGAGGAAGCACAAGAAGAAGAAAAGCACAGCAGACAUUAUUCCGUUGCCUCCUUUACCGACUAGUUCACAUCCUCAGAAUGAGCGGACUCAGUCUCAGCAGGGUGAUACACGAAUACCAGGUCUUCUGCCACCAAUAGAGCUACAACCGCCCUCGCCUCCUCAAACGAUCAACGGAAAAGCUGGUUCGCAGCUUCAACCCCAAAGCAUUAGCGAUGGUUUGGAAUCGUUUAUCAUCCCCUCCAGCAGCCUUCCUACUUCGUUUACCCCCCGUUCUAGUCCCAUGACUACUAGUCGCACUUCUCCAAAAUCUCCAUCUUCUCCACCACAGUCAGCCUCGCUAGGUCGUACCUCCCAGGCCCCUACUCCGAACGCAUCCGUCCCUCGACGAAAUUCAUUGGGCGAUCUGAAGAUUCCUGCACGAAUCAGCCAAGCUCAGAUUGGAUUAAAACGCGAUCUCGGCAUGGUCAGGGAAUUUGCUGCUAGUGUUGACAAGCUCAGGGAGCUACGUCUGACAUAUGAGCAACUCCUAUCUGAGGCAAAUUCCAUGGCAGAAAAUCCACCACCCUCACGCGCCACCUCCCCCACUAUCCUAAGCCUUGCCAGGACCCGUUCUCGGCUACGCUCGAACACGAAUCCUGACUCUGCAGUGUCGGAACACAAACAGUUUGUUACUUCUCUCCAGGUCCUUAAUGACAAGUACAAAAUACCAUGGGAAUGUGCCGAACUCCUUAUCGAAUUGGGUAACGGGUCGCGGUCCGUGGCGAAUCCCCCAAGCUCGAACCUGUCGUCUCCGCCAUUGCAGGGUGAUGGUGACAUUCGCAAGGGUCGCGAGCGUGCGAUAACACUGUCGGGCGAGGAGUCUAAACCGCCAUCAACACUUGUUGGGGGUUCCUCCUCUAGACCUCCCAAUCCAUCUUGGCGUGCUUCUACUGGUCGGCAUGAUUUGAGUCAACGUCAACUGGUCUUGUUGCGCGAUAUGCUCAAUAACGCAGAUUCUACGCCUGAUUACAUUCUGCCUGAAGAUACGGGCGUGAACCGGCAAUGGCGGUGGGGUGACGCAAUGAGUAGUACAGUCACACUGCCCUCCGAAGACUCGGCGGCCGGCUCGACGGAAGGCAAAAAACGGAGGAUGAGUCGGCUACGAGAUAUGUUGCGAAUGCUCAAACGGAGUCAUUCGGAACGACCGCCUCCACCUCCACCUCCACCUCCGCCGCUUCUGCCCCCCGUGCCACCAUCUACGACAUCACUGAAGUCCCUCGGCGAGGCAUCUAAGACGAGCACAGGUCCAGACUCAAUACGGUCUGUGCGGGAUCAGCAGAAUUCGCCGUACGGCAGUCCUCCAUUGAAUCACAAGCCUUCUCCUCGACGUCCUUCGCUCGCAUCCAUAUUUCGCAUUGGCCAAAAGAACAAGAGCACAUCUUCGACUGGCGAGUCCUCUCGAGACGGUCACAGCGAAGCACGAAGCGUAAGCCGAGGUAGUAAUAUGACCGGCGAAGAUGACUGGGAUCGAAUUGACUCCGCUAUCGAUCUUGAUGUUGCUGCACAUUCAUUAGGAAUCGACGGGACUGCGACCAUAAAGGGGAAGAAGAUGCAUGUGCCGUAUCCGUUGGUGCAGCGCGCUAGUUUGCGCCCCGUCACCCCAGUUCGCGGCCCGGAGUCGUCACAACUAUCACUGAGGGUCGAGGCUUCUCCCCGGUCUAUCAGACCUAUGCGAUCUAUACGUCUGUCGAACGUCGAGGAAGCCGAAGACGAACAACGUCAAGUGCGACCCAGGUCGAAGGCUAGUAAUAGGUCUUGGCUACCAAAGGCGAGUCAACAUCGGCCACCAUCACGAGGGCAGCCAGUGCCAGUUGCUGCUAUCAAGUCUGGUUCCGUGCGCUCGGCGCCACCGCAACCGCUCGAUGCGGAUGGACAGGCUUCUGACUUUAAGCUCUCUAUGACUCCUGAGAACAUUAAACCACUACUCGAGAACGCGAAGGAAGUCCACGCCCGUCUAAAUGAUUGUAUCAAGGAAAUGCAGGCUCUCCUAGAUACCUACGCACAAAUCCAGUCUUAAUUAUUUCUCUGCAUAGCGACGUGCAACCACGGACAAGUUUUUCUAUUUGUUUCAACCACGUUUCACCGUGCAUUUGUGUUUUUUUUCCCCUUUGUGUAGACACAACGUCACAUCGUACUCUUCCCUUGUUGUUCUUCUUUGGAGGCCUGACCUACCCGCCGCAUUACCAUUUUCAUUUUUGUUGAUGCUUUUUGCAGGGUGUUUGCUUGUUGUCAUCCCCAUUGACACAUCACGAACAUUUUAUCGACCAUCGACGCUUCAGAGCUAUGUACCCACACGCACGCACCACGACUCUACAUAAUGCACCUCCAAGACGAGUAGUAAUGUAUCAUGAUUGUCCCUCGGACACCUGCCUUUGACCUCGUUACCGGUCACCAGCCCGUUAGUCUCUGACCAAUUUUGCUUCCACUCGGAUGCGUGUCCA